UCGUGGUAGUUGCGUAGUUGGUUAAAUAUGAACCACAAACUACAAUGGGAAGAUCACAGGUGAUGAUGGUGUUAUAUCAUACUCAUAAUAAUGCUUUUAUUGAAUUAUGCAGUGAAAUUUGAGCUGCCAUGGAAGCUUUCACAGCUUCUUUUUAUCCUUCUUCAAUCCAACUUGGCAGAAAUCAAAUUCAUCACAAAUUCAUUAAUAAUCUUCCAUUUACUCACCCACCCAUUUCAUCUUUCUCGCUAUCUCGUAGUAAUGCACCCAGUUUAAAGCUUCAAGCCACCAUCUCUACAACUGAUUUAGUACUUGACCAGGAAACUGAAAGUGGUGAGAAAUUCGAUUGGUAUGCUCAAUGGUAUCCAGUGAUGCCUGUUUGUGACCUUGAUAAGAGGGCCCCACACGGGAAGAAGGUGUUGGGUCUUGAUAUUGUGGUGUGGUGGGACAAGAAUGAGAAUGAAUGGAAGGUGUUUGAUGAUUGUUGUCCUCAUAGAUUGGCUCCGCUUUCCGAGGGAAGAAUUGAUCAGUGGGGGAGGUUGCAGUGUGUUUAUCAUGGUUGGUGUUUUGGUGGUGCUGGUGACUGCAAACUCAUCCCACAGGCACCCCGAGAUGGUCCUCCGAUUCAUAUGUCCAAGAAAGCCUGUGUGCCUGUUUAUCCAAGUACCGUGCAGAAUGACAUUGUUUGGUUUUGGCCAAACAGUGGUCCUAGUUAUAAAGAUAUUCUUUCGAGGAAACAGCCGCCUUACAUUCCAGAAUUGGAUGACCCAUCAUACGCUAGAUUAAUGGGAAACAGAGAUAUACAAUACGGGUAUGAGGUUCUUACUGAAAAUCUUAUGGAUCCCGCUCAUGUUCCCUAUGCACAUUAUGGGAUAAUGGGAGGUCAAACGAGGAAAAGCAGUGAGAAGGUUGAUAGAGAAGGGGGAAGGCCUCUUGAAAUAAGUAUUAAAAACCUCGACAUAAAUGGUUUUACUGCGAAGCAGGAUUCAGGAGGUUUCAGUUUUAUUGCUCCUUGUAUAUUUUAUGGCCAUGCCACUGUUGGAGGGAAUAAAAGCAAAGUGUCCAAAGAAUCAGCCGAAACCACCAAGGAGCAAUCAGCGAUGCCAGAAAGGAGGUUCCUGCUGAUUUUUAUAUGUGUCCCGGUUAGUCCGGGUAAUAGCAGAUUGAUAUGGUCCUUCCCUAGAAACUUUGGAGUUUGGAUCGAUCAAGUUGUUCCACGGUGGAUGUUUCAUGUGGGACAAAAUUUAAUUCUUGAUUCAGAUUUAUAUCUUCUUCAUGUUGAGGAAAGGAAAAUCAUGGAGGCCGGUUCUUCUAACUGGCAUAAAGCUUGUUAUGUGCCUACCAAGUCUGACGCUCUUGUAGUGACAUUCAGAAGGUGGUUAAACAAGUAUGCACGAGGUCAAAUUGAUUGGGGAACCAAGUUCAGCGGAGCCCUUCCAACCACUCCCCCCAAAGAGCAGCUGUUGGACAGGUAUUGGACCCAUGUGGUGAAUUGCCGCAGUUGUAGUGCUGCACAUAAAGGCCUUAAUGCACUAGAGGUGGCACUACAAAUUAUUGCUAUUAUUUCAGUUGGUGUUGUUGCUGCAGCCAAGCAGAAUAUGAUCUCUGCUUUUACUAGAAAUACUCUUGUUAUCAUGGCAGUAUUAUGUUUUGCUGCAUCAAAAUUAUUGGCUCACUUCAUUUACAAGAACUUCCAUUUUCAUGAUUACAAUCAUGCCUUCCGUUGAGACGAAUUGUUUCACUUUCCUUUUUAGGUAUGUAAAAACAAUAACCGAUUAUGUAUUUACUGUGAGAACAGAUAAUUGUAUUUUGAGUUCUUCUCUCUUGAAAUAUAUUUAUGAAUAUAAUAGAACCAGAAAUUGUUAGGGGGAAGACAUUUAUACUUUUAUUUAUACAUGUAUUUAUGUCAUAGAUAUAAUUUCUGUGUUAGAUAUACACCAGAGAUUUUAUGCAACUCUUACAUAAAUGAUAAGGUUUUUGAAUA